AUGUCUAAACAACUUCAUUACACAGUUGUUCAGACGCCAACAAUAUCACAUCCAGUUCAUCCAGGAAGCCCAGUGACUCUUCAGUGUUCGGUCCUCUCUACCUCUGACAAGAAGAAAUGUUCAGGAGACCUGAAUUUGUUCUGGAUAAGAGCUGGGAACAAAUCUAUUCCAAACAUCAUCUACACUGAUGGAAAUAGAGAAAACAAAUGUGAAGAAAAUUUGGACUCUCAGCAGAGAUGUGUGUACAAUGUCUCCAAAACGGUCAAUGCAUCUGAUGGGACUUUCUACUGUGCUGUGGCCACAUGUGGAGAGAUAUUUUUUGGGACUGGAACAAAAUUGGAUGUUGCUACAUCUGAAGAUGACUUUGUCAUCCUGGUGGUAACAAUUACCUGCUUGGCAAUUUCUGUGAUUAUAAAUAUAGUUUUCUGCUGCCAAAUCCCAAGAGCAUCAUGUAAACUUGUUAAAGGGAAAGAAGAGUCCUGUUCUCGAGCAAAACAAACCACCCGGGGGGAGUCCAAAGAUCUUGCUAAUGAAGAGGAACAUGAAUUAAACUAUGCAGCGUUACGUUUCUCUGGAGCAAAAAGGAUGAAAGGAACGCCAAAGAGAGAGAUGAAGACUGACGAGAGUGUGUAUUCACAAGUGAAACACUAAAAUAUAAAUAAGUGGUGGUAAUUUUUUCUGGGAGCAAAAUCUCACAGAGGGAGUGAAUAAAAUGGUUUUUUCUCUUGU